CGCCAUCCUUCCAUGGGGGUCCCGUCCCAACCCUAAGUAAAGCAGUACAGUAGUAAGCCUUCCUCCCAUGGGAUCCAACAACUCUCCGCCGUCCCGCACCGCCCUCGAGCCCUUCGCCACUCUCGACCCGGCCGCCCUCGCCGGCCUCCCCGCUUCCUCCCCGCUCACCGUCCGCUCCGCCGCCCUCUCCGCCCACUACCUCUACGUCGGCACCGGCGGUGGCAAGCUCCUCCUCUUCACCCUCGAUUCCCCCGACCCCGAGUUCCUCCGCCUCCUCCCCAUCGGCCCCACCCGUCCCGUCUCCGCCAUCCUCCCCCUCCCCGCCGUCGCCCGCCUCCUCGUCCUCGCCGAUGGCCUCCUCCUCCUCGCCGACCCCCUCCUCUCCCGCCCCGUCCGCCGCCUCGGCUCCCUCCGCAACGUCUCCGCCGUCGCCGCCCGCGCCCCCGAUCGCCCUUCCUCCUGCUCCCUAGCGCUCUCCGUUGGGAAGAAGCUGCUCCUCGUUGACCUCACCCUACACGACGCCGACGAGUUGGAGGUGCAGACGCGUGACAUCGCCGUCGUCGAUGCCGUCAAGGCGCUGGCUUGGGUCGGCGACUCGGUGUUCGUCGGCACUGCCUCCGGCUACUCGCUCUUCUCCACCGCCACCACCAACGCCCAAGGGGUCGAUAUAUUCACGCUCCCUGAGUCCUCCAGGCCACCCAGGGUGAAGCCCCUGUCCGGGGGUGACGAGGUGAUGUUGCUGGUCGACAAUGUCGGUGUAGUUGUGGAUCGGUCGGGGCAUCCCAUCGGAAGCAGCUUCGUCUUUAACACCACGCCGGACUGUAUAGCCGAGGUGUUCCCCUAUGUUGUUGUUGCCGGGGACUAUAAGGUGGAUGUGUACAGAAGAAGGAACGGGGCACAUCUGCAGGCUAUUCCUUUUGCGAGGGCUGGUACAGGUGGUCUGAUUGUAGCGAGCGAGGAUGCUGGAACUGGCAGCGGUGUAGUUGUUGUUGCUACGGCUUAUAAGGUAUUUUGCUACCGUAAAGCAUCAGCAGUGGAACAGAUCAAGGCACUACUACGAAGAAAGAGUUAUGGGGAAGCUAUUUCUUUGUUACAAGAGUUCAAGGCUGAUGGUGAAAUCUCAAAUGACAUGAUUUCCUUUGUGCAUGCACAACUUGGAUUCUUGUUAUUUUUUGACUUGCGUUUUGAGGAUGCUGUAAAUCAUUUCUUGCUCUCGGAAACUAUGCAACCGGCAGAAAUAUUUCCAUUCAUCAUGCGGGAUCCUAAUCGUUGGUCAGAUCUGGUGCCAAGAAAGCGCUAUUGGGGCUUGCAUGCUCCCCCAAAGCCUCUUGAAGAAGUUAUUGAUGAUGGGCUAGUAACACUUCAACAAGCAUUGUUUCUCAAAAAGGCAGGUGUGGACACAGUUGUGGAUGAAGAUUUCCUUUCAAAUCCACCAAGCAGAGCUGAUCUGUUGGAACUAGCUAUCAGAAAUAUUAUCAGGUACCUGUGUGCAUCCAGGGAGAAGGAUUUAUCUUCUGCAGAAAUGGAAGGAGUUGAUACUCUUCUGAUGUAUCUCUAUAGAGCUCUUAAUCUUGUUGAUGACAUGGAGAAGCUUGCAUCAUCUCAGAAUAGCUGUGUUGUGGAGGAACUAGAAUCACUUUUGGAUGAUUCUGGACAUCUGCGGACGCUUGCAUUCUUAUAUGGCAGUAAAGGAAUGUGCUCCAAAUCUCUUGGUAUCUGGCGUAUCUUGGCAAGGAAUUACAGCACUGGUUUGUGGAAGGAUCAUACUAGCCUAUCUGAAACAGACUCCCUUGAAACUUCGGCUGGUAAAAUGUCCGGCGAGGAAAUUGCUGCUGUUGAAGCCUCCAAGAUACUUCAAGCAUCAUCUGAUCUGGACCUUGUUCUGGAACAUCUUGGAUGGGUGGCAGAUAUUGAUCAAGAGCUUGCAACCACAAUUCUAACAUCUGAAAUGAGGGAAAAACAGCUUUCACCUGAAAAGGUUGUUGCUGCCAUUGAUCCAGAGAAGGUUGGCAUUCACCAAAGAUAUUUGCAAUGGUUGAUUGAAGAACAGGGCUGUGAUGAGCCUCACUAUCAUACGUCAUAUGCCCUUUCCCUGUCCAAAUCUGCGAUGGAUGCGAUCCAUUUGGAAUCCAAUCAUGGAGAGAAAAACAGUAAAGAAUUUGAAUCUGAUAUGCAGUUCAUUUAUCUAUUGAGGGAAAGGUUGCAAUUAUUUUUGCAAGCGUCAGACCUGUAUGACCCAGAAGAAGUUCUUGAUGUGAUAUCAGACUCUGAGCUAUGGCUGGAAAAGGCCAUGUUGUAUAGGAAAAUGGGCCAAGAGAACAUUGUACUUCAGAUAUUAGCGCUGAAACUGGAGGAUAGUGAAGCUGCUGAGCAGUACUGUGCAGAGAUCGGUCGAGACGAUGCCUAUAUUCAGCUGUUGGAUUUGUAUCUGGACCCAAAAAAUGGGAAGGGGCCCAUGUUUACAGCAGCUGUUCGACUUCUCCAUAAUCAUGGGGAAUCAUUGGAUCCACUACAAGUGUUGGAGAGAUUAUCUGCCGACAUGCCUCUUCAGCUAGCAUCAGAUACAAUUUUGCGAAUGCUUAGAGCUCGGGUGCACCAUCAUCGUCAAGGGCAGAUUGUUCAUAACUUAUCACGCGCGACGAACCUUGAUGCGCGGUUGACCAGAUUAGAGGAGAGGUCAAGGCAUGUGCAACUCACUGAUGAGAGCAUAUGCGAUUCAUGUCGAGCCCGCCUUGGCACCAAGCUAUUUGUCAUGUACCCAGAUGAUUCAGUUGUAUGCUACAGGUGCUACCGAAAUCAAGGUGAUUCUGCAUCUGGACGUGGACGCAACUUCAGGAGAAGUGCUAUAUUUAAACAAAGCUGGCUCGUUAGUAGAUAGUGAAGCCAAGACAAGCAAACCGUGGAUGUGCACGCCUUCUCUUUCAGUGCUAUGCAUCAUGAAAAGAGAGCACGCAUUAGUUGGUGGCAAAACCUCCCCCUUUGCAUUUGAAGGGGCAUUCAGCAGUGAUAGGUCUGAAACCAUACGGACAUUGGUCAUGGAAAUUGAUAAACUAGAUUCCGAUGAUCGACCAGAAGUCUUGGUAGUUUCUUUGUCCAUAGCUGAUUGUUCUCUUAUUCUGACAGUAUAAUAUGGGAUAAAUAGUUUUAGGUGUUAGGAUUUCACACUGUAGAGAUAGGACAUAAGGCCGUUUUGUGUCAAAUAGAAGAGGAAAGACAAGAGAUUGACAGGUUUCAAGAUAGCCUUGCCUUUUUGUGCA